ACCGUUGUCGAAUCCUGUGCCUACAACCCAAGCCCAUCGGUGCCAGGUACUACUUUGAUCAAGCGUAACGUAUCCAUCCAGUCCAAUCUCAAUGCUGUUUUACGGCCAGCGCUUGUGACGUUUUUGAUUAGUCGAUACCGGUCAUCUUCAAAAGCCUCCUUCCUUGGCUUUGAAUACAUUUGUAAAUUCUACGACAAAAACUCCUCACACUUGACAUCAAAUCUCUCAAGUCGACCCAAGGUUAGUGAUGUGAUCAAGAAUGCUGCUCGCAAUCGGAGCAAAGAGUUCGCCGCAAACGCACUGCCGCGUGUAGUUUCACCUUCCAACCUUGAAGCGCCAAGUGCAGUUAUUGCAACCUUCCUGCUCUUGCGCGAAUCUGUGCGCUUCCAUACUGCGUUUCCGACAGCACUCCCGAUAUUUCUCCCGCCAACCCUACCAAUUCACUUUCCACAGCUUUAUACGUCUAGUGACGUUCACUCGAAACAAACGAGAAGGGAAAGUUUGAAAGAUCCAUCAUAG